UAGGAGAAAUGUAUCGUUGUCCCAAAUCAAACAAUCAUCCGCGCUGACUGAAAAAUAUUUCCCCUUGCGUUUUUCCGCCAUAACACAGCCAAAGGGUUUUGCUUUGCGUAGUCGAGAGUGCAGGAACCUCAGCUCCAAACCCCCCCCCCCCCAAUUCUCUCUCUCCUCAAUUUCUUGCCAACUUUCAUGGCGGAAGAAGCUCCGACGCCAAAUUCUGCAACCGAAAUGGCGGACGACGCGGCAACUCUAAACCCUAAUCACUCCGAAAUGACAAACGAAGCGACAAUUCAGUCAAAUGCGAAGGGGGAGCACUCUGUGUCCUCGCUCAAAAACCUUGAAUCCUCCGAAAUAUCCGCCAUUAAUGAUCGUGAGAAGUCUUUGGAGUUCUCUGACGAGUUGAUGGAGAAAGGAAACUUGAACUUUAAAGAAGGUGACUUUCCCGAGGCUGCUGAGCUCUUUAGCCGUGCCCUAGAAAUCAGGGUUGCUCAUCAUGGUGAGCUUGCACCUGAAUGCGUUAAAUCAUACUACAAAUUUGGCCUUGCUUUGCUGUACAAAGCACAGGAGGAGGCUGAUCCAUUGGGAUCAAUGCCAAAGGAGGAUGCUGAAUCUCGGCAAGGUUCUGUGAAGGUUGAAUCUGCAAAGACUAAUGUCGAGGGGGAAUCAUCCAUAGCUUCUGCAUCAAGUAAUGUUGAGCAGUGUGCCAGUUCAGGUCAGCAGCAAUCCACAAAUGAUGUUCCCAGCAAGGAUGAGGGAGAGGAAGACGAGGAAAGUGAUACAGAGGAGCCUGAUGAAGCAGAGGAGGAUGAGUCUGACUUGGACCUGGCGUGGAAAAUGCUUGAUCUUGCUAGGGCCAUUUCAGAAAAGCACUCCAGGGAAACCAUGGACAUGGUUGAUAUAAUGUCAGCUCUUGCUGAAGUUUCCCUUGAAAGAGAGGAUAUUGAGACAUCUCUUAGUGAUUAUCAGAAAGCACUUACCAUCCUUGAGAGCUUGGUUGAACCAGAUAGUCGCUAUAUUGCUGAACUAAAUUUCCGCAUAUGCCUUUGUCUUGAGGUUGGCUCCAGGGCUGAAGAAGCUAUUCCAUAUUGCCAAAAGGCUAUAUCUGUGUGUAAAUUAAGGACGCAGCGCUUGUUGGAUGAACUAAAGAGCACGCCAGGUUCAACAACCUCAGCUGCAUCUGAUGCAGGCGAAGGUUCUGGUCAUUCUUCAAUUGCUUCCCAGCCUGAGAGUUCAGUUUCUAGCAAACAAACAGAGAUUGAAACACUGAGGAGUCUCUCCAGUGACCUGGAGAAGAAGCUUGAAGACCUGCAACAACUGGUUUCCAACCCAACAUCUAUUUUAUCCGAUAUCCUGGGAUUGGCAGCGGCCAAAGCAAGGGCUAACGACCAGGCUUCUGCUUCAGCAGCAGCAAGUUCUUCACGUGUCGGUGUUGCUACAAGCAAUGGAGAUUUUGAUUCCCCCACCAUAUCCAGUGCUCACACUAAUGGAACCACUGGAGUCACAAAUCUUGGUGUUGUGGGCAGGGGAGUAAAGCGUGUGAUCAUGAAUUCUGGGAAUGUAGAAUCAAGCACCAGUAAAAGACCUGCCCUCGAUCCUAAACCUGAUGCAGGUGAUACCAGUGGUGCUUAAAAGUUGAGAUAUUCUAGUAACUGGAUGAAUUAGGCAUUUGUGAACAUUUAGUCUGAUUGAGCAGGCAUAAUAUUCCUCCCCUAUUCUUCUUGUACUAGUUCUUGCUUGGGAUGACUUGGAUAAUAGUUUGGCUUUGAUUCCUUGAAAGGAUUAUUUUCGAGUUUUGGUUA